GUUUCGUGUAUGUCUGACUAGUGUCUGUUCACUGAUAGUAGCAUCUCACUAUUUUACAUUUCUCGAGAACAAGCACACUCCCACUCCAAAUUACAGCCUCAUCACUCUUAAUAAAUCUUCAUUUUACUCCAGAUCGAAUUGAAUCAUUCAUCCGAUCAUCGCAUGGAUCUGAAGCAACAAAUUUCGGAGGAGAAGAAAAUCAGAUCUUCUUCCCCAAAAAGCUGCACCGAUUGUCGCACCACCAGAACUCCUCUCUGGCGAGGCGGUCCUCACGGACCUAAGUCGUUGUGCAAUGCGUGCGGAAUCAAGUACAACAAGAAGAGGAGAGAGAGCCUUGGAUUGGAUACAGGAAGCCGGAAAAAGAAGAGGAGCGAAGAUCGGAGCAGCAAAGUCGGGGAGAUUUUGAAGAUGCGAUUCAUGAGAUCAAGUAAGCUGAUGAGCAAACUAAGGGAGGAAGAGCAGGCUGCGAUUCUGCUCAUGGCUCUCUCUUGCGGAUCCGUCUCUGCAUAGUUCAGUUGUACGUCGCGCUCUUCUUGUAGUACUACGAGAGACUAAUAUUUGUAGUGAAGAGUAGUGUUAGUAAGUAGGGCUUUUCAUUAAUUUAAUUUAAUUUAAUUUAAUGCUUUCUUUUAUUA